AUGUAUUCCGACCUGCAUUGGCAGCAUAAUUUGUGGUACAAGAUUGUAGUGGAGUACUACGAAGGUGUAUACUGCAACCGGGGAAAGGUACGGCUAGGGGAAAGGUUCUUCGAGGCUCAGUGCUGGACUUUCUGUCCUUCACCUUGCAUCGUGAUCGGAGCCUUUGAUAACUUCUUGUCCGUGGCCAAGGUGGAGGAGAUGAAGCAAGUGGAGUUGCCGGGGCUAGGUUCUUACAAACCGGACCAGUUGAUCAGGUUCAAGGGCAUACCCGCGCUUGAGAAGUGCACGAAGCUGAUGUUGCAGCUUUAUCAUCAACGUGGCGCGAAGAAGGGCUUCGUCUGCAACGACGUUGAUGCGUUUUAUCGUCCGGAGUUGCUAAAGGAACAUCAAGCAGUCGAUUACCGGCCUGCUCAGUGUCGGUCCCGUCAUUCGCUAUGA